CGCCUUGCACGUUUCCAAUCGCAUUACGUGAACAAAUAGCGGAGGGACAGCGGGGGCCAGAACGGCUUGUGUAACUGCAAACUUGUCAGAAAGUUUAAAACCUCUCCCGGUUCUUUCACUCCAGACACUGUGCGUUCUCCUGGACCGUCGUGCGCCGCUCCCCGGUCGCCUUGCAGGACUGGAAAAGGGGAGAGAAGGACCCUGCCACGUCCGACGGCCGACUGGGCUGGGGGCUGGGUCUGCCAUUCUGCCUUGGCACGACUCUCUCCGACCCAUUCCCUCACCUCGCCCUCCUCCCUGCUCGAAGAUCCUUCGCGAGAUCGGAGCCCCCGUCUUCAUUUUCUCCCAGUCACGUCCUCCCUCGAGCCAUGCGCUUCGCCUGGACCGUGCUCCUUUUGGGGCCGCUGCAGCUCUGUCCGCUUCUACGCUGCGCCCCGCAGGCCCCGCGCGAUCAACCCGCCGUCCCGGGCCCCUGGCGCCAGACGAUCCAAUGGGAGAAUAAUGGGCAGGUGUUCAGUCUGCUGAGCCUCGGGGCGCAGUACCAGCCUCAGCGGCGCCGUGAUCCCAGCUCCACUGCCCCAAGACCCGACGGCGACUCCUCACAGCCGCGCACGCCCAUUCUGCUGCUGCGUGACAACCGCACGGCCUCUGCCCGUUCGAGGACUCCAAGGCCCUCUGGGGUCGCCGCGGGCCGUCCCCGGCCAGCCGCCCGCCACUGGUUCCAAGCUGGUUUCUCGCCGUCGGGGGCCCGCAAUGGAGCUUCACCGCGCACGGCAAACCGGACUGCCACGCCACAGCCUCCGCAGCUCAGUAAUCUGAGACCUCCGAGCCACGUAGACCGCAUGGUGGGCGACGACCCCUACAAUCCCUACAAGUACUCCUCCGACGACAAUCCCUAUUAUAACUACUAUGACACUUAUGAGAGGCCCAGGCCAGGGAGCAGGUACCGACCCGGAUAUGGCACUGGCUACUUCCAGUAUGGUCUCCCGGACCUGGUGCCAGAUCCCUAUUACAUCCAGGCAUCCACAUACGUGCAGAAGAUGGCUAUGUACAACUUGAGAUGCGCUGCGGAAGAAAACUGCCUGGCCAGUUCAGCAUAUAGGGCAGAUGUCAGAGAUUAUGAUCACCGGGUACUGCUACGGUUUCCCCAACGAGUGAAAAACCAAGGGACAUCUGACUUCUUACCAAGCCGCCCUCGAUAUUCCUGGGAGUGGCACAGCUGCCACCAACAUUACCACAGCAUGGAUGAAUUCAGCCACUACGACCUGCUUGAUGCCAACACUCAGAGGAGAGUGGCUGAAGGCCACAAAGCAAGCUUCUGUCUAGAGGACACAACCUGUGACUAUGGGUACCACAGACGCUUUGCCUGCACCGCACACACACAGGGACUGAGCCCUGGGUGCUAUGAUACAUAUGCGGCAGACAUAGACUGCCAGUGGAUUGAUAUCACAGACGUACAGCCUGGGAACUACAUUCUGAAGGUCAGUGUAAACCCCAGCUAUCUGGUGCCUGAGUCAGACUACAGUAACAAUGUUGUGCGCUGUGAGAUUCGCUACACGGGACACCACGCCUACGCCUCAGGCUGCACAAUUUCACCGUGA